CACCCUGGAAUAUCGGAAGUCUCCUUCGGCACCGCAUCCUGGGAUAUCGGAGGCCUCCUCAGCGCGCAGCACCCUGGGAUAUCGGAAGCCUCCUCAGCGCGCAGCAUCCUGGGAUAUCGGAAGUCUCCUCAGGCACAGCAUCCGAGGAUAUCGGCAGUCCGAUAUCAGAAGCCUCCUCAGCGCGCAGCAUCCUGGGAUAUCGACAGUCCGAUAUCGGAGGCCUCCUCAGCGCGCAGUACCCUGGGAUAUUGGCAGUCUUGUGGCCUAAAGUGCGGGAGGAGUGGCAGUGUUGUUGGAGGUAUCGGCGGUAAUAACAGCAGCAGUGUUGGGUGGCUGUAAACCGAAAAAAAAAGCACUCUGGGUGUGAAGCCCAGGAGGGGUAUUGCUAGUCCCGGUCCCUCCUAUGAAUUCUAAAUCCGAUUCCGAGGGACCGGUACAAGGCUCGAUAUCCCGAAUCCAGGGUUUAACGUCCUUCCAUAAAUAAGGUGGCCAGAAAUGAACACACUACUCCAAAUGUGGUCUGACCAAUUAUUUGUAGAGGUCUCCAGAGAGUACAACAUAAAGCAAUCUGUUGACAGCCCUGUACUUCAGUAAUUGAGCCCUUCUCACUGAGCUCAUGUUUUGUAUUACUACCAUUGCUGCUUUCUUGUGCUGCAUGUAUAUAUUUAUUUCAUUCGCUGUUGAUCGUGAGAAAGUGCGACGAAUACUGUUUGUUUUUGAAGAUGUGGUAAGGCCUUGUGGUGAGAAGUUAUGCCAAGUCUCAGGAUGUAGGAAGCAGUGGAGGAAGUGACGGCGUGCCUUACUUUGGAAUUGCCUCUAGUGAGAAUUUUAGUAAACAUUUUCCCCCAUGUGCAAGUUCAUUUUGAUAAAUUUAUGAUUCCAAGAGAUAUGAAGGUGUAAUCCAAAAGGCCAUAUUGUAAGGUUGGUCACUAUGCACCUUAAGCCAUAUCCAAAGCUUCAAAAGAAAGAUGCAUCUCUUGAAUCAAGCCAAGAGACACUUGGAGGGCUUUGCUCAAGCCAACAUGCAGCUGUAAGAGUUGAAAGAUGCCAGUCCACCUAUAACAAACAGUCAUGUUGUAAAUCCAUUGCAGUUAGUACAGUGGCAUCUCACAUCAGCUUAUGGUGUCCAAGACCUUUUGGUUUCAUUUCUCAAAAUAAAAUGUGCAAUAUGAGGAAUCCAGCUGAAAAUCUUGAGUUUAAGGGAAGAAAGAAACAUGUGGCUGAAAAUCUUCUGCCUCCUUCAAUUCAUCAAGAAGAAGGGGAGGCACCACUGGAUAUCUGGGCAGUCAUAAAGCCUGGGAACACAAAGGAGAAAAUUGCUUUCUUUGCAGCACAUCAAUGCAAUAACAGGACUGGAUCCAUGAAAAUAAAAAGCAGCUGGGAUACUGAGGUCACAACUGCGAAACGCAGAAGGAAAUCUGCGGAUCUCGAGAAAGUAAAAAAUCAACCAAUGAGAAUAAAAGAUAAUGUGAAGGAUGUUGACAGAAGGUGUUUACAUGCUGCCCCCCCAACAACCAGUAACAGUGAGGAGAAUUCAUCUGUCAAUAAUGAGAAACAAAAUGGAGAUGGAUUGUGUCAUAGUAGCACUCUUUCUGUAGCAGAAAUGGUGGCUUUUCUAGAACAAAGGGCAAAUUCACUGCUCCCAGACUGUAGCAAAACAUUUACAAAUGCCAGUGCUAACAUAUCAGGUAUUGCACAUUCAAAGGGAGGGUCCUCCUCAUCAGAAUCAAUUUCUGCUACAGGUCCCGAAUUUGAUAUAAACCAUAAAAUGUCAACUGAAAAUAAUAAACUACAAGGUGAGUAUGUCCGGGUUAUAGAAGUUAUAGCUAAGUUGGAAUCAGAAUGCUUGAAAAACCAACCUGACAGAAGUGGGGAGAACCUGUCCAGGAAUAAUAGUUUUCGGAGAGGGGUGGGGAGGGUUUUGCUGACUGGUCAACACCAAUCAGAACAAAGCAUCAAGAGUGCCGAAGCUUUUACGGCAUCCACAGGGGUAUCCAAAGCAGGCAAUAGUAUUGGAGAGAACAAAAAACAUUACAGCCACAUAAGCAGAAGCUGUACUAAUCAAUGCACUGAACCUCAGGAGGAUGCCAUGCAUGUUCCAUCUCCAGUUAGUAACAUUUCAGGUGUUGUGUUGGAUUUAUCUAGCAAAGAGCUUUCAUUAAUCUGCAAAGAAACAGCAUCGUUGCCAAACAAUACUGGAGAAAUUCUCGACGGUGAUGUUGGGAUACAAGAGGAGUUGUGUAAGCCCCCAUCCCUAUGUUGGGAAACUAACAAGUUUGUAUCAAACUUUACUUUACCCAAGAAUGUUAGGGGUGAGUAUGCAAAUGACUUUACUGUUGAUGAGGAGCUGGUGGCCUGUAGGGUGAAUGAGGAAACUGAUUGCAAAUCAGUAAUUAGAUCUAAUUGGGAAGAGUCUAAUCCUUGUGAGGAACCACUUCCUGGAGAAUUAUUUUUCACACUUGAACAGUCCCAUGUGGAAAACUUAGAUUCAAAUGAAAAUACUACUGAGGAACUCCAGGAUGUUGCACAAUGCAAGGUUGACUUUCUGACUGCUGAAAGGAAAAAAUUUGACAAAAGUUGCUUAGAAGCAGGUCAGGGUGAUUCUUGUAUCUCUUUGAAAACCACUUGCCCUUCAUUAACUGAACUCUUUCCGUUAAGAAGACAAGUAUCUCAUGAAUUUCUAGAAAUGCGUUUCAAAAUCCAACAGCUUCUUGAACCUCGGCAGUACAUGGCCUUUUUACCACACCACAUUAUGGUGAAGAUAUUUAUGUUCCUCCCUACCAAAACCCUGGCAUCUCUGAAAUGCACAUGCCAUUAUUUUAAGUUCAUAAUAGAAAACUAUGAUAUUAGAGCAACAGAUUCACGCUGGGUUUGUGACCCGCGAUACAAGGAUGAUCCAUGCAAGCAGUGUAAAAAGCAUUACUCAAAAGGAGAUGUAUCACCAUGUCGGUGGCAUUCAAAACCCUAUUACAAAGUUUUACCCUAUGGGCGUUCAUACUGGAUGUGUUGUUGGCAAACAGAAAAAGAUUCACCGGGCUGUAAAAUUGGGCUUCAUGAUAAUAAUUGGGUGCAGUCCUGUAAUCAUAUUCAACAAAUAUGUGAAAAAGCGAAAAAGAAUGGAGAUGGGAUGUGAUUUUUUUUUAAACUUGGUGGAUUUGUUUUUUUCUGGCUAGAGACCUAGGAAAAUUCCUGUUGGACGGUCUGUAGAGAUUGGAAUAUUGUCAGUCCUGCACUGUUUACAUUGUACAGUACGAUCAUAUUGGCUUAUAUGAAUCUGCAUGUACAGAACUGCAGCACCUGUUAGCUGUGCAAGGUGUACAGUAUUUGCUCUAUCAUGUGUUUGAUCAAUGAUAGUAUUGUACUGUUAAUGUAGCUGGCACAGCAACAAAUCACUACAAUGCAGCUAGAUCAAUGUUGCAAUUAGUCUGUUUUAAAUAUCGGUCUUUAUUUUGAAUAGUUUGUAUAUUCUAUCUAAAAUUACAUUUAAUGAAAAUACAAAGUAUUGGUGUGGGAAUGAGCUCAAAUGCAUCUUAACAAAAUUGGUCAUUUAAGAUAUGGUUAGAAUUCUAGUCAAAUGUUGCAAUACAAUGUUGGGGCAAAUACAUGAAAAAAUGUUGGCAUUACAAAAUUACAGGUUAUGCAAAAUGGCUUGAAAUCUUUUUCUGUAAUGUUGCUUGGAUUCUCAGUUUUUAUUUUUGCUGUUGGUGCUUUGGAUUGAGUUGCAAUGAUUUUGGUGAACCCUUUUCUAGUCUUUAAAGAAAUUAUGUGAAAGUUUACAUGCUUCUGUGUUUUGAAAAUCUCAUUCAUGUAGUUGUGAAGUGUAAGGAUAUUCACUAAGUGCUUUCAACAAGAUACUUUGCACUAUGCGAAAUAUGAUUUUUUCCCCCCCUUUUUGUACAUCUUUUGGUUCUUGAAAGCACCUGUAUUCAUACUUUUGCUAUUUAGUCAAUAAAUAGAUACACUCCCUUUAAUAGUCAUCUAAAACCAGAAACAGUUGAUACCUUAAGUGGAGGAUUGCAUAUACCAUUAUCAGUUCAGUGACUCAAGUUUUGUAAUUAAAAUAAACCAGUUUCUGUGUUAAAAUAAAAUGCAAUUCAAGUUUCAAUCAAAAACAAAAGUCAUAUGCCAUGGUAAAUAGUGUUUUGAUCCAACUGAUAUAAAUUUGCCACAUUUAAAGUUUUAUUAAUUGAUGAGGACUAACAAUCUAUUUUAAACUUUCUGCAAAAAAACCCACAACACUCAAAAUUGUGACUUAGAGUGGAAAAAUGUGAUCUCAUCUCCAAAGACUAUUCAGAACAGCCCAUGUUCAAAUCCAAGCAACAUAUAAAAUUAUUAUGGUUUCAUAAUUACAUGAACUGCAAUGCUGAAGUAUCAUUUCAGGAUCCUUGGUAGUUUUAUAUUUUGAAUUCCAGUCAAAAGUUCUAAUUCCUGUUUGACUUUAAAAUGAUUCAUUUUAAGUCCUCCUCCUCCUUUGCACAUCUCAAAUAAAAAAAAAAUUGUGAAAUAAUUAUCUCAUCUCUUUGGCACAGUCUGAAUCAGUUGUGGACAAUUUUACAUGUGUGUGUAUAUGUGCACGCAUAUUUUUACUCAUCUAACGUGAUGUUUUCCUUCAAAUGCCAUCUCAGUUCAUACCCUGGUGUGAGUUGUUGAUUUUUCUCAACCUGGGGAUAAAUAUUUUUAAUUUUUACAAUAUUUUCCUCUUUAAUUGCAUUAAUGAAAAUGUUCAGCAUUGUGAAACAGUGGUGAAUUUUGAAGUUUACACAGGAAGCAGUGGGAACAUUGAACAGGUUAGAAAGCAUUUAUGGAGAGAGAGAGGUAGGGAUCUGAUGAAAGAUUGUCAGCCUGAUAAAUGAAUUGUAUAUUUCUUUCUCUAUGGAUGCUACUUGGCUUGUUGAAUUUUUUUUUCCAGAUUUCCAGCAUGUGGAGUAUUUUACUCUGUUUAAAGCUGAAAAGAAUUGUGCCUAGUUGCCCCAUAAUAAGAAUGCUGCCUAUUUUUCAAAACGUUCAAUGUCUGUAACACUCCCAAAUCUAGUUUGUAAAGAUCUGAUGCAUUCAUUUUUCUAAGUAAAUCUUAAAGCACUUUUACUGCCUUUGCAAGUUUGGGGUACAUGAUUUGAUUAUGUAUCUAUACAUCUGUUCUCAAUUGUAGUCAAAACUAGGAUUUCAUUUUUGCAUUAGUAGUCAUGUUAACAUGUACAUUACUUUGAAUUUUAUUACUUAUAGAAAGUAUCCCAUCAAAUGCAAUAAAUCUGAUACAUGAGCAUGUGUUUUUAUUUAAUUUUUGAUUACCAGUGCACUUCAUUUUCAGAUGGUGCCUAAAAUCAUUCACCAGUUUGCUUGCUAUGGUCUCUGCAUAACCUGUAACUCUUUGUUUUGGAGUGUAUUUUGCCUCAAUCAAACUUCUUUGCAGCUUACUCCAAACACAUGGACAUUGAGUGUUCGAUGUUGCAAGCAUCUCUAUUUACGUUACUUCAGCAGUUAAGAUACGCAAUUGUGCAGCUGCUGUUUGUGUGUCAUGUACAUUAACUUGCAAUUUUCUAUAAGCUUAAAAGAAGUUGUAACAUGAAUAAAAUGGGACAUUAAUUAAAAAAAAAUACUGGUUGUAAAUGUUUGGUACCUAAUAUAGAAAUACAUUAUAUCCCCAUUUAUGGAUUAGAACUUUUAAAGUAGCCUUUCUUUAUUGUAAGCACUAAUCAAUAUUAUAAUGGAAGCUGUAUCAGACUCCAAAUAUUCUAUUUGUUAAUAAAGCCAAGUUUUGGGUUGAUUAUAAUUUAAUCAACUUUUCAUCAUA